GUGUUGAUACUUUGCUUGUACUUCCUCUCGCCCUGCGCAUGCUCACAUCAGUGUAGAAUGCGGAUUUCGAAGCUAACAAGGAUAGCUAGCCCGUAAGCUAAAAACAAGGUUCUUGUUCCUACGCUUCAAACAGGGAAAAUGUCCAAAACGCACCCACAAGCCCCAUCGUCUUCGGGAGGGACGGCUACCGGGGGUCCAUCCUCCUCCUCCUCAUCUUCGCCCGCAGGAGGCUCGACAUCUCCCGCCACCGUGUUGAACGUACAGCCCGAGAAACCUCAACAUUACACAUACCUUAAGGAGUUCAGAACUGAGCAGUGCCCCCUGUUUGUGCAGCAUAAAUGCACACAGCAUCGGCCUUUUGCCUGUUUCCACUGGCAUUUCCUGAACCAGCGGCGACGCAGGCCCAUCCGCAGACGGGAUGGGACCUUCAAUUACAGCCCAGACGUCUAUUGCACCAAAUAUGAUGAGGGAACAGGCACCUGCCCCGAUGGAGACGAAUGUCCAUUCCUGCACCGGACAGCAGGGGACACAGAGCGCCGAUACCACCUCCGCUACUACAAGACAGGCUCGUGUAUCCAUGAAACUGAUGCAAAAGGCCACUGCAGCAAGAACGGCUCCCACUGCGCCUUUGCUCACGGGUCACAUGACCUGCGCAGCCCUGUUUAUGAUAUCAGGGAGGUGCAGGUGAUGGAGUCUCAGGGAGGCUCAGGGGCGGCGGAGGGAAGUGGAGGAGAUGGGCAGUCAGGACAGGCAGCCAGCACUGCCCUCAUAGAGAAGAUCUUGAGUGAGGAGCCACGCUGGCAAGAUAACACAUACGUACUGUCCCACUACAAGACAGAGCUCUGCAAGAAACCACCUCGUCUGUGCCGUCAAGGUUAUGCCUGUCCAUACUACCAUAACAGCAAAGACAGGAGGCGCAGUCCACACAAACACAAAUACAGAGCGUUGCCAUGUCCAGCAGUGAAACACAGCGAGGAAUGGGGAGAUCCCAGCAAAUGUGAGGGAGCAGAGGCAUGCCAGUAUUGCCACACACGCACAGAGCAACAGUUCCAUCCUGAGAUCUACAAAUCCACCAAGUGUAAUGAUAUGCAGCAGUGUGGCAGCUGUCCCAGAGGGCCAUUCUGUGCCUUUGCACAUGUUGAAAAGCCCUUUGUUCCUGAGGAGCCAUCAUUCGCUACUCCCAGCUCCCCUCCACCCCCCAGACCUCCAGAUCCCCUUCCUGCACAGGAUGCCUCUGUGAGUCCCAGUGGACACAACAUUGUGCCGGUUCCAGUACCUGGUUCUGCCGGGGACCCCUUCUCCCCUUCCGGAGGCUCAUCAUGUGUAGCAGAGCAGGGCCUGCUGGGUAGGGUUUUGUCUCUUUGUGAGGACGUGGGUGGAGGAGGAGAGCCUCUGUCUCCAUGGGCUGGAGAGGGAGGAUAUUGCAGAGCACCUGGCUUUGAGAGGGAGGAUCAGGCCAAGCAGAGGGGUUUUGCACUGGAGCAACGCAGUAGAGAAAUGCCAUCUGCUCAUAGCAAACAGGACCUGUUGGUGUUUCUGCCGGUGGGCAGCCCUUUGAGUCUGUCAUCCAGCAUACCCUCUAGUCUGGCCGCCACGCCGCCCAGCCCUGCCCCUCCCGGACCCCCAGGACCUGGCAUCACCUCAGGCAUGAACGCCAACGCCCUACCCUUUUACCCUACCAGCGAAACUGUGGAGUCUGUAGUUGAGUCAGCCCUGGAUGAUCUUGACCUGAACGAUUUCGGGGUCUCUGCUCUGGAGAGGAGCCUGGAGAGUAGCUCUGCUCUGCCGAGCGUGGGAGUAAUGCUGGGAGGAAAUCAGCUUCAGAGUUCUGCCCCUGUCAAUAUCCCAGGAUCCCUCAGCAGCUCCGCCCCUUUUAGCUCCCCUUCACCUUCUCCUCCAAUCAGACCACACGCUUCCCCAUUCUUCUCAACCCACCUGUCACAGCCUGGCCAAUCAGAGAGCAGCUUCCUGGGACCGUCUCAUAGCUCUUUAGGUCUGAAUGGUAUGAGUAGUAGUAUAUGGGAGCAUUUCCCAUCAGGCCAGGGUUCACCAGGGACCCCACCCACCUUGCUGCCCUCUGGUCCCAGUGCAGAGACAGCCAGGCUCAAACAGGAGCUGGAGGAAGCUCACAGGACACUGAAGCAGUGGGAUCACAGCUGGAGACACACUGCACAGUCGUGGGCGGCGCUGAAAGCAGACGCGGAGGAGUCCCGUGCCCAUGCAGCACGGUUAGCCAUGGAGGCGGAGAGAGCCCGGCAGGCUGAGGAGGAGGCACAGAGACAGGCUUCCCUCCUGCAGGAGGCACUGGAUAGCCUGAGGAAUGGAGACAACCCCCACCUAGCACUGCACCAACUCCAGCUGCUGCACAGGCUGCCUCUCGAGUCUGUCCUGAGCCUGCAGGCCCAGCUCUGUAGCUGCUUACACGCCGUCGAACAGGUGGUGUACAGGAAGCAGAGGCAGUGCUGUGUGACGUGUGGAGAGCAGGGCUCCGUGUCUCUGCCCUGUGGCCACGGACUGCAGUGUGACAGCUGCUCCACCUCGACAGAGUGCCCCCUCUGCCCCGAACAGAGCCUGGACCAGCUCUCCUGACUUGAUCACAUCGCUGAUCCCAGACCUGUCAGUCCUGAUUCUAGAGAGACCAGCCUAACAUCUCUACUGCUAAUCAUAACUAUGCCGGGGUCCCUUUUUCACUUAGCGACAACACAAGCACUGAUCAGGUUUUGUACUUGGAAGACGAGGUAUACUAAUGAAUGACCAGCUUAGAGAACUGGUCAAGGGGUAAAAGCUCUUUAUUAUGUAAUUUAGGAUUUAUCUAUUGUCCAGUGUUACCCACCAAAAACCAGUAAAUGUGACUUGUUGAUGCUCUUGACCAGCCACACUGUUCUUAACCCCUCUUCUUGACUAGUGAAAAUAACCCAAAGACCUGCAGUUAUUUCUUUGUUUUUUUGUUUUAACCCAAACCAUGAACCAUUAAUGGUAACUGCUAUGUUGAUCUAUUUUAACAAAAUCAACAGGUCUGAUUCAGAAAGUAAGGCAAAGGGCAUAUUCAGUUUCAUCCAGACGACUAUCACAAUGCUACAGCCAAUGGGGCCAUAAUACCAGUCAGCUGGUAGCGCAUGUGUAGACUAUGCCUUUACUGUCAAAUCCUCAUUCACUAUUUUUUUUUUUUUUUUUUUAGCAAAACAGUUUUAAAAUUGGUGAUUAAUGUUUGAUAAUAAUAGCAAAAAAUAUUUUAAAAAUUAGUAACAUUUGUUUUUGGACUUUAUAACAGAUGGCCUCUGUUGAAGCACUCAGGUUUUCUCUGUAAUAUUCUAUGUUAACUGGAAGAGGGGAGCAUGUUAACACAAUCAAGACAAAAUGUACUCAGUCAACUAGUGUAGUCUUUGAAAUUACAUAUUAUAUUUUUUCAUUUUUAGUUUAACGCUUUUCAUGUUAACUGAAACAUACAAUUUUUUUUUUGUCAAAACCAGACUUUUUUCUAUUUUAUAAAUCAGUGUAUCACAGGUUUUGCUGCCAAAAUUUUUACAUUUGUAGUAAUCUUUGACAUUUCACAGUGUGUCAAAUGUAGUCUAAUAUAUAUAUUAUAUAUACAUAGUUAAGUGAUAUCAUACUUUUCUCUUGCACUGAUUAGACAAAGUAUCAGGAAGCAUAUAAAGGUAUAAGGGUGUGUGUGGGAUAGUUGCAAGUGCGAGGGUGUUCAUGAUCACUGUGAUGGUCACUGGUAAACUCAUGCUUAGCAUACGGUCCACACCACCCACACAAGUCAUCCAACAGUGUUUCAUUCUGAGUGGAGUUUUGGUAUAGAUCAUUAAAAGAAAUUGUAUAUUUUUGGA